UAAUUUACCCUAGAAAGAAAACACAGUUCACUAAGUGACUGUGUUCCGCAUGUUGGGCAAAAUUGCCGUCAAGCUGAGUAGUCCAUGAGAAGAGUGCAGGAAAUUGAGUGACGAUUGGUUUGUUUAUAUUUGGUGUUUGGGAACGCAAUUUCGAAAUCGGUAAAGUGUUUGAAAAUUGAAAUAUCUAGAAGAAAGAAACGAAUCACGGUCUCGAGAAAAUGGAGGAUGGAAGGCCAAUCCCACCGUUCCGGUGCAACCAAAUUGAAACCGGUAGAUUGGCUAAGGAAUGGCGUUCCUGGAAAGACGCUUUGGAAUGCUACUUCGCUGCAUAUGGCAUAAUGGAUCAGCAAACUAUGAAGGCCAAGCUUUUGCACCUUGGGGGACCAGCACUUCAAACGGUCUUCAAAAAUCUUAAGGACAAAGACCACGUACCGAUGGUUUGCUUGGUGCCGAGAUACUAUGACGCUGCCAUAGAGAAAUUGGACGAUUUCUUCGAGCCACAACACCAGUGCACUUCGGAGAGGAGCAAGCUCCGGAAGAUGAAGCAAAGCCCGGGAGAAAGAUUUGCUGAUUACAUUAUCCGGUUGAAACAGCAAGUUACUGAAUGUGGGUUUGAUAAAUAUGGCAGCGAAAUACAGGGUAUCCUGACCGAUAUUUAUCUAACGGAUGUAGUCCUAGAAGGAUGCAGGUCUAACGAAGUACGCAGACGAAUUUUGAUGAAGGAUCUUGCUUUCGCGGAAAUCGAAGCCCUGGGUGUUUCGCAAGAAGGUAUCGACCAGCAGAUUGAGGCCAUUUCCAACGACCAGCAUCCCAGCGUUAAUUACACCGGACAGCAACAAUCCAAACGACAAAUAGGUAAAAUACCCGGAAAACGCUUCCAAGAACGGAAAAGAUACGAUGAUCAAGUUGACUCCAGGAUCUGUUUUAACUGCGGGAAAAAAGGGCAUAUUAGUAAAUCCCGCUGGUGUUUGGCAAGGGGUAAAGAAUGUCGAAAGUGCCGCCGUUACGGUCAUUUAGAGGAAUGUUGUCGACAGAAUACACAACCUAGGAACCAGAAUCAGGUUCGGCUGGUUGAAGAAAAUGUUGCGAAAGAAACUAAUUCGAAUCAACAACCCGGAAACUCAGAAACACCGGAAAAGGUAUAUUACGCAUUUUAUUCCGGGAAUGAAUCCAACGUGAUUCCGUGCACGAUCGGAGGCAUUGACCUUGAGAUGCUUGUCGAUUCGGGGGCAGACGCAAACUUAAUCAGCGAUUCUGUGUGGCAUUCGAUGAAAGGUAAGCAAGUUAAAGUUAAAUCCUCAACUAGAGGAAGCAACAAAAUUUUACGAUCAUACGGAAGGGAUGAUCCUUUGAUCAUACUCGGAUCAUUCUGGGCCAACAUUAUAGUUGGAAACAAGAACAUCGAUGCUGAGUUCUUGGUCGUACAAGGAGGACAGAGAUGUCUACUAGGAGACAAAACUGCUAAGGACCUAGGUGUUCUGAAAGUUGGGUUAGCAGUUAAUCAGGUGGAGAGAUCAUUGCGUCCUUUCACCAAGAUCAGCGGUGUACAGGCGAAAAUUCGCAUGAAAUCGGAUGCUGUCCCAGUUUUUCAACCAAUGCGUCGCAUCCCAUUGCCCUUAGAAGCCGCCGUCAGCCGUAAGCUGGAUGAAUUGAUUAAGAGAGAUAUUAUCGAGGUGAAGGAAGGUCCAACAAGCUGGGUAUCUCCGCUCGUUGUUGUUGGAAAAGCCAACGGCGAACCUAGACUUUGCCUAGACUUGCGUCGAGUCAAUGAGAAUAUCAUACGGGAACAUCACCCUAUGCCGGUGGUCGACGAUUACUUGGCCCGUUUGGGUAGAGGCAAAAUUUGGAGCAAAUUAGACAUCCGAGAAGCUUUCUUACAAAUAGAACUAGCAGAAGAUUCGAAGGACAUAACAACGUUUAUAACGUCGCGAGGAUUAUUCCGAUUCAAACGCUUGUGCUUCGGUCUAGCAACGGCUCCCGAGUUAUUCCAAAAGGCUAUGGACGAAAUCCUUUCCGGCUGUCCUGGAACACAUUGGUACUUAGACGACGUUAUUAUUGAAGGUGUAGAUUUGAAGGAGCACGACGAGCGCCUUGAAGAGGUACAGUAACGUUUUGCAUUGUCGUUUAUUUUUUUUUAUAUAUCUUGAAUUG